CGGUGUGCAGUGAGCUCAGGCAGGCAACCGGCGAGGGAGAGGCAGGGAAUAUGUACUAUGGCAUCAGUCUGCAACUGCUGGAGUCAGGGACGCCUGCUACUUAGCUCCCUCCGUGGACCGCUGGGCGAGCUGCUUUCCACUUUCCUGCAAGGAUGCUAGUGAACAGGACCAGACCUUGGAACAGUUCCCCUUGACUUCAAAUCAGCACCUCUGCAACCCAAAGGUGCAUUACUGGCAGCCCUGGUUUGCAGCAAGCACCAUCAGGACGGAGGGAACGAGGCUUCAGGUGAUCAACGCCAGUAAAGAUGCCAAGGCUGGAAUGAUCAACCACAACAAGCAGUGACCGGUAUACUUUCAGAAAGAAGAAAAUAUUUUCAACAGAAGACAUUUCAAAACAGGAGGAACUAAUCUAACAUUUGCAGCAGCCUUCGAAAGGGAGAAGACGGCAGAUUUUGGUUGCCAACCGACUGAAGGAUGUACUUUCUGGUCCCUGGUAAACUGGAUAUGUUGACUGCCAUCUCCAUAAUCUGAGGUGUUUUUCGGCAGAAUUUUACUAGGCCGUCUGGCAAGUGCUGUUUGGUAGAUCUACACUCUGGCCAAGUGAACCUGAAGAAAGACAUUGUGGCAUUAAAAUGUGCGACUCCAGUUUUUGGUUGUGAAGAUUUCUGGAAUAAACAGCAUCCGUCUCCUCAUGUCCCUGUUCAUGAUGUAAAUGGCUCCGUGACCCAUGGGCGGCUGAACCAUGGACAGGCUAAGAAAUCCCGUCUGGACUGUUCUUUUACAUCAGCUCCUUCCUGUCCCCAUGGGAGCCUAUUAGUGGAUUACAGUGGGAAAGACGAAAGAGAGGAGAAAGGGGAAGAAAACAUCUUGAAGUGGAACACGAUCCUACAAUGAGAAUUAUGAGCACGUCUGGUAUCUGCCCAGUCCUCAUUUGUCUCUGUUUUGUGCAGAGGUGUUAUGGGACUUCUCAUCAUGGCACCAUCAAGAUGACCAGAAACCAAACCAAACAGAUCGAGGGAGAAACAGAAGUGCACCAUCGUCCCAAACGUGGAUGGGUGUGGAACCAGUUCUUUGUUUUAGAAGAGCACAUGGGGCCCGAACCACAGUAUGUUGGAAAGCUGCACUCCAAUUCCGACAAAGGUGAUGGAUCGGUCAAAUACAUCCUUACUGGAGAAGGCGCUGGGAUUAUAUUUAUUAUUGAUGACACUACGGGGGACAUCCAUUCAACCAAGAGCCUAGAUCGAGAGAAGAAGACACACUACGUGCUGCAUGCCCAGGCGAUUGACAGACGGACAAACAAGCCGCUUGAGCCUGAAUCAGAGUUUAUUAUCAAAGUACAAGACAUCAAUGACAACGCUCCCAAAUUCACGGACGGACCGUACACGGUCACUGUGCCAGAGAUGUCUGAUAUGGGUACCUCAGUCCUUCAGGUGACAGCUACAGAUGCAGAUGAUCCCACCUAUGGAAAUAGCGCCCGGGUAGUGUACAGUAUUCUUCAGGGACAGCCAUAUUUCUCUGUUGACCCUAAAACAGGAGUCAUCAGGACAGCCUUACAUAACAUGGACAGGGAAGCCAGAGAGCAUUACUCGGUUGUCAUUCAAGCCAAAGAUAUGGCCGGGCAAGUCGGAGGUUUGUCAGGAUCAACCACCGUCAAUAUCACACUCACAGAUGUCAACGACAAUCCCCCCAGGUUCCCUCAGAAACAUUAUCAGUUGUAUGUCCCUGAGUCUGCCCAAGUUGGCUCAGCGGUGGGCAAAAUCAAGGCCAACGACGCAGACACUGGGUCGAAUGCAGAUAUGAAAUACACAAUUGUAAACGGGGAUGGCUCUGGAGUCUUUUCCAUAUCACUGGACAAGGAAACACGAGAAGGAAUUAUCUCCCUGAAGAAGCCACUCAACUAUGAAAAAAAGAAAUCCUAUACUAUUAAUAUAGAAGGUGCAAAUACCCACCUCGAUUUCCGCUUCUCACACUUAGGACCUUUUAAAGAUGUAACUAUGUUGAAGAUUAUUGUUGGCGACGUGGAUGAGCCUCCAAUCUUCACUUUGCCUUCCUAUGUCAUGGAUGUUUAUGAGAAUGCCAAGACGGGAACUAUUGUGGGCACCGUGGCAGCACAAGACCCAGACAGUGCUAACAACGUCAUAAGAUAUUUUAUUGAUCACCGCACGGAAGAAGAUAGAUAUUUCACCAUUGAUGCCAACACUGGAACCAUCAAGACUGCCAAGGUUUUUGACAGGGAAGAAAUCUCGUGGUACAAUAUCACAGUCACUGCUUCUGAAAUUGACAGUCCUGGCCUUCUGAGCCAUGUCCCUGUUGGAAUUAAAAUUCUCGACGUCAAUGACAACCCUCCAGAGCUUGCCGGAGACUAUGAUGUGGUUGUCUGCGAGAAUGCGAAGGCUGGGCAGGUUAUUCAGACUAUCAGUGCUACUGACAGGGAUGACUUUGCCAAUGGACAAAGGUUCCAUUUUUCUCUGGACAACAGUGUUCCUUUAAAUCCCAACUUUACUCUGAAGGACAAUGAAGAUAACACAGCCAGUAUCGUGACAAGACGACGGAGAUUUAGUCGGACAAUCCAGGAUGUGUAUUAUCUCCCAGUUGUGAUCUCCGACGGAGGGAUUCCUUCUCUCAGCAGCAGCGCCACCCUAGUGAUCCGCGUGUGUGCCUGCGAAAGAGAUGGGCGUGUGCGGACCUGCAGUGCCGAAGCGUUCCUUUCUUCUGCGGGGCUGAGCACAGGCGCCUUGAUUGCUAUCCUGCUGUGUGUCAUCAUUCUUCUGGCAAUCGUGGUCCUUUUCAUCACGCUCAGACGCAGCAAGAAGGAGCCGCUGAUCAUUUCAGAAGAGGAUGUCCGGGAGAACAUUGUCACCUAUGACGACGAGGGGGGAGGCGAAGAAGACACGGAAGCUUUCGACAUUACUGCUCUGCGGAACCCCUCCGCUGCUGAAGAACUGAAGUAUCGGAGGGAUGUUCGGCCUGAAGUGAAGCCCACCCCCAAGCACCCCGCUUCAUCCAGCCUUGAGAGCAUAGAUGUUCAGGAAUUUAUUAAACAAAGACUGGCCGAAGCGGACCUAGACCCUAGCGUACCGCCAUACGAUUCUCUACAGACAUAUGCAUACGAGGGUCAAAGGUCAGAAGCUGGAUCUAUCAGCUCUUUGGAUUCGGCCACCACACAUUCUGACCAGGAUUAUAAUUACCUUGGGGACUGGGGACCAGAGUUUAAGAAACUAGCCGAACUUUAUGGAGAAAUAGAAUCUGAAAGAACAACUUAAUUAAUUCUUCCCCAAAUAAGCAGCAUUUUAGUUCCGCCAAGAAACUUAGAGGCAUAAUAAUGACAAUGGAAAAAAAAGAAAAGAAAAAAGAAAUAUAUAUAUAUACACACAUACGAAUACAGUACUUGGAACAAACUGAGCUGGAUGUGCACAGUUACUGUAGAAAGAAGUGCCCUUUCCGCAUUUGAAAUUGGGUCCUUCAACUGGAAGAAAGUCAAAUUUUUGGGGGGGAAAGUAUAUCCCCUAGAACAAAGAUUGUCCCUUUGUGUAUAUUUUUAAUUGCUCAAUAAAGUCCAUGGUGCAGUAUCCGUACAGAUACCUUAAGUAAACCAAGCGAUGGCCAAUAUUAUUGCAGUGCCCUUGAAACACACCAGAGCUACAGUGUGCUUCUAGGGAUGCCUGAUCACCAGAAGAACUUGGUCAUACAGGGACAGUUGUGGUGUUGUGUGUCUAGCUCUGUUUAUAGGCUUCAGGAAUCACUGCGAGGGUGAUUUACUUUGGUUUCAGUAACCCUCAGAAAUCCUAUUUUCUUUUCCAAAAAUGUGCAUUGAAAUUAUCUUAUGAAGUGCCAUACUGGGGUCUGCCCUUGCUCCUGCGGCUGAAUUGUACUUAAACAAUAGAAUCUCUUGUGGAAUGUAACAUUUCACUGGGCCAAAUGUAAAUCAUUCCAUCCAUGAAGAACUUAGUGAAGCACAAGUUAAUUUUCAGUUGAUCGAAACAGGCGUAUAAUCACACACACUCACCCGCCACCCUGAUUUGGGAAGUUAUUGAUCGGCUUUGAAACUGUUUUAGAGUUAUUGUAUUGGGUAGAGUUUUGACAAAAAAAGUGGGGAGGGAUAGAAGAUGAAUGAGGUUGGUUGGGAAAAGACAUUGUUCUGUUAUGUGUUUGGCUAUGCAAAAGUUCAGAUUGCCUGGUCUGCCUUGAGACUAGUGAAUGUAAAUAGGAUGUAGCCAAUGACUGCUCAGAAUCCCCAAAUGAAACAGUCACGGGAUUAGGUGGUAUGUGGCUCAAUCCAGCCAGCUCUUUCAUCCAGUCUCACUUGAUUCCUUUCUUUUCUGCAGCCUCCAUCCCACAUGACUUUGGUCCAUACAGGCAUCCGUGAUCCCCAGCCUUGCUUUUUAGGGGGUUGAAGGGGGUCACCCCCCCCCUUUGUCAUGUAUGGAGCUGGUUGGAUCCAACUCACCAUCAUAUCCAUACAUUAGCAUGAGAGAGCAUAGAGUGAACUGGGACAUUUCAGUGCAAUAUCUCAUUAACUGUUCUGAAGUAAAUCCCCCUAUGUGAAGUUAAGAAGGUCUGGGUCAUUCAGAGCCACAGUUUAAUGUUCAGCCCCAGUGCAAGGCACCAAAUGCCACAAAGAAGAGCUAUACAAGAGCUCCAUUUGACUCAACUUUUCUGCUAAAUGUUUUAGAACACCUGUUGUUAGUUUGGCAACACCCAGCUUGUUUUGAAAGGGCAUGCUUGUAUUUUACGUCCAGUUAUUUUCAUUAAUACAUAAGUUUAUAUAAGUGA